AUGCGCCUCUCUACGACUGCGGGACAGAGGACUCUGGAACUCCGGAUCGUAAGUGCCCACGCACCUACGGUGACCGCUGAGGAGAACAGUAAGGACGCCUUCUAUGAUGAACUCAAUGCAUUGGUGUCUAAAAUACCAAGCCAGCAGGUGGCCAUUGUCGGAGUCGACGCAAAUGCGAAAAUGGAACUCGAACAACAAUCCGAUGUGCUAAGAAAAUGGUAUUAUCCAGCAGGAAUCAUCGACGAUCAGCUCACGUGGCAGGGGUCAACCCUUUUAACACCUGAAGGGGAGCGAAAGCGGAAGAUGAGGACUCUCAAACGCCGGCUCGACUACGUUCUGGCUAGGAACAUUCCUCAAUUCAAGAUGCGGUUCCACAAGAGAAAGCGAGGAGUUCCUCUUCAACCGAAAGUUGACAUAACAAGUCUGAAAGACGAAGAAUGCAGAACGGAAUUCCGCCAACAUGUGCCUAUUCAUGUUGGAGGAACACUUCAAGACCUUGCUGAACCGGCUAGCAACUCAACUCCUGAACUCGAACACGUUCAUAGACCGAUAUAUGCGGUUAACGAGGAGCCACCGACCGAGUCGGAGAUCCUGGUCUGUAUUCAAAAAAUGAAGAAAGGAAAAUCGGGUGGAGAUGACGGGAUUAGCGCAGAAAUGCUAAAAUAUCUUCCUCCGUCAGGGAUUCGUGAGAAGACAAAGAUCAUCCGUUCAAUAUGGAUGGACAAAAGGAUACCUGUCUCGUGGAGACACGCUAUCAUAAUUCCCCUCCACAAGAAGUUCACGUCACGGACCCUAGGAACUAUCGAGGAAAAGGAUUAA